AUGGAAGGAGAUGAUGAAGAAUUCCUGUCCAACAUUCUUUGCAAUGGAGAAGGGGUUCAUGUUCCUGAUUUGGGCGAGAAGUCCAUUCCAAUCACUCAAGACAGUAAUCCUGUUGAGGAAGUGCAGGCAAGCCAGAGUUCCAUUAUGCAUAGCUGGUUGACAAUACAAUUGUCCGUGAACAAGUUCUGUUCGUGCUAUGAGGCCAUUCUUCGUAGGAAUCAAAGUGGUACUACUAUCCAAGACAAGCUUAAUGAUGCAAAGAAGUAUUACGCGGACUUAGAUAAGGACAAAAAGCCUUUUGCUCUUGAUCAUUGCUGGAACAUACUUAAAGGGGAGGACAAGUGGAAAGCCAAGAUGGCAGAACUUGUAGAGCUUGAGAAACUAGCAGCAAGCAAAAAGAAACAGAAGACAACAAAGGUGUCCAGGCCAAGAGAUGAAGGAGCCGGCAAUGAUGUUGAAGUCAUAGCUGGUGAUGUUGGACAAACUGAGCCUACUAGGAAGAGGUCAGAUGGGAUAAAGAAGGUAAAAGAAAAUCUUAGGCGAGGAGGUGGUGAGGUUUGCUUGGAAGCUUUGGAGAAGAUGUGGUCAAAGAAAGAGGCCUACGACAAGGUCAAGGAGAAGGCCAAAGAGGACAGGUUCUUGGCGACACUAGAGAUAGAGAAGGCUACGCUAGAGCUAGAGAAGAAGCGGGUGGAAAAUGAAGCAAAGAAAUCUGAAGCCGACUUGAUGAAAGAAGAAAAAUAAAUUAUGUUAGCGGACAUGACCUCCCUCAACCCGAUGCAGCGUGAUUGGAUUGAGAUUAUGCAGAAGAAGAUUCUCGCGAGACAUGCAGAAAAUUAAGUUUAGUUGGUUGAAUUAUGAGUCAAUUUAAACGUUUGGCCAAGUUUAAGUUCAUGUAUGAGAAUUAUCCAAAGUUUAAGUUUAUGAAUGAGAAUUAGGUGCU